AUGUGGGGGACAGCGGGCACGGGGGCGCGCAGCAUCCGUCCCUACCGGUCCAGCCAGCAGUACCUGUACGCCAUGAAGGAGGACCUGGCAGAGUGGCUGAAGGAGCUCUAUGACCUCGACAUCGAGGUGGGCACCUUCUUGGAGGUGCUGGAGACAGGGGCUGUGCUUUGCUCCCACGCCAACCACGUCACCCAGGCGGCCGGGGAGUUCGCCCGUGCCUGCCCCGACCUGGCCCGGCGCCUCCACCUGCCCAGCGCCGGCGUCACCUGCAACCUCACGGCGCAGCCAGGCACCUUCCAGGCCAGGGACAACGUCUCCAACUUCAUCCAGUGGUGCAGGAAGGAAAUGGAUAUCAAAGACGUCCUGAUGUUCGAGACGGAGGACCUGGUGCUGAGGAAGAACGAGAAGAACUUCGUGCUGUGCCUGCUGGAGCUGGCACGCCACGCUUCCCGCUUCGGAAUGCGCGCCCCGACCCUGGUGCAGAUGGAGGAGGAGAUCGAGGAGGAGCUUCGGCAGGAGCUGGACCUGCCUCCCAUGGACCCUGCCCUGCCCCGGGCCCCCAGGAAACCACGGGACCUCAACAACCUCGACCUGAUGGUCCAGCACCUGGUGAGCCGCUGCACCUGCCCUGUGCAGUUCCCCAUGAUGAAGGUCUCCGAAGGGAAAUACCGCGUGGGGGACUCUGACACCCUCAUCUUUGUCCGCAUCCUGCGGGAGCACGUCAUGGUGCGGGUCGGGGGCGGCUGGGACACGCUGGAGCACUACCUGGACAAGCACGACCCGUGUCGCUGCACCUCGCUCUCUCACAAGCAAGCCUGGAAAGCCCGGAGCCCGCAGCAGCAGGUGCAGCACGAGGUGCGGCUGUGCCCGGCCCCGAGGGCGGCCGCCCGCAGCCCCCAGCCCGCGCUGCUGGUCAGCCGCUCGCAGAGCCCCCUGCCCCCCGUCACCUGGGGGGGCCGUGUCCCCCCCGGCCCCCGGUGCCCCGGCACCCCCUCGCCGGAGGGCUCGGGUCUCCAGCCCUGUGCCAGCCCCCAGCGGGAGCCAGCGCAGCCCCGGAGGGUCCCUUCGGGCAGGAUGCGAGAGCCGCCCGCUGUCCCUCUGGGGAGGCAGCGGCCACCAUCCCGGUCACCUGCGCGAUGCAGCUCCCCCGGGCGCGGGGCGAGGGGCCGGGCACCCACCCCUUCCCGGCUGAGCCCCCCGAACGGCGCGGGGGUCCCCAGGGCAGGGAAAGCCCCCCCUGUGGCACCGGCACCCGGCCCACGGACGGUACCGGCGCCCCCGAGGAGCGGCCAGCAAGGAAGGAAAUCAUCUGCGGUGGCUGCCAGGCCGCAGGAAACGAGCCCACCCCCCGCAGUGACACCCCGAGCCCCCAGCCCCUUAAAGGUCCGUGCCCCCAGUCCCUUAAAGGUCUGCGCCCCCUCCUCGCACCGGGACGCCCCGGGACGCUCACAGAGCCUGAAAAGCCCACGGGAAGGGAGGCAGCGAUCCCUCGGCCGGGGCCCGCAGCCCUCACCCCGAAAUCCCUCCGGCCAAACCCCGAGAGCGGAGAGCGGGCUCAAACCCCCCGUCAGAGCCGGCCCGGCAGCCCCCCGGCCCCGCUCCCCGGCGGGGGGCUGCGAGCUCCGUGCGGCCGGGGACGGUCCCCGGGGGACACGGCAGUGCCCCCCAGCCCCGAGCCCAAGGCCUGGGGGUGCCGAGCGCCCUCGGGAGCCAGAGGGUGAAGCCGGGGGAGCCUGCGGGCCUGGAACGGGGGCUGCGGGGCUCCGGGGCUGCUGCGGGAACGCGCAGCCCCCCGGCUACGACAGGGUGGUGGAGGAGCUCUCCCGAGGCCCGCAGCCCCUGCGCCCUGUGGGGACGGGGAGCCGGGUCCCCAAAACACCCGCACCAGCUGUCCCGCAGCUCCCGGCGCCGGGGGAGGCAGAGCGGCCGGGGGCGGGGGGCCAGACCCCGCGGGGACCCCGGGCCGACGGCGCGGCCAAGCUCCGGCGGUGCCUGAAGAAACCCGAGCGUGUGCCCUCCAUCUACAAGCUGAAGCUGCGGCCCAAGGUGCGUCCCCGGCGGGACCACAGGCCGGGCAAGCGCCCUUCGCGCAUCCCCACCCCGCUGGGGCAUCGCCCCCACGCCCCCCGGGGCCAGCGCCGCCCCCCCGGGCCCCCCCGAGCCCCCCAGACCGGCGGCACUCGCCCCACGGCCAAGCCCUCCCUGGGUGACAGCGGCACCUGGCUGAGCGAGGAUGAUGAGGAGUCGUGGGUCUGA